GGCGCUGUGAAAAGGUGAUAAGUGAGAAGUGAUCGAUGUUUGUGAACGGAUUAUCGAUGAGUCGGUGAGUGUAUCAAAGAGAAUCAGAGAAGAGGAUCUACCUCCCCGCCAUGAAUUAUUUAAAGAUUCCCGGUAACGCUGCCGGACGCCAGAGCGGCGUGGACGGCCGCCCGUGAAGCGGCCGGUGAUGUCCGCCGGUGAGGAGAGUCUGCGGGCAGACGGAGGAUGAGGAAGGCGGACUAUAAUGAAGGUGAGCGGCCAAGGACUGUGCGUCGUCCUGUCCAGCUGCCUCGUCCUGGUGUGCGCGCUCAGCGAACUUCUUGUCGGCUUCAGAUGCCUUUCUUUGGGCUCCUCCGUCAAAGAACAUUUCCACCUGGGCGCCGCGGCGGGGGCUUUCUACUCCGGGAUGCUGCUGGGCUCCGGCCAGGUCCUGCUGGGUGUCGCGUUGCUCUGCUGCAGCGGGAAGCCGCGAGGCGGGAACUUGGUGCUGCUGGGCGUGCUGGUCUUCCUGUUGGGGGUCCUCACCGCCUUCUCCGGCGCGGUGGUGGACGGAGACGCCGCUUCUCUGGCGGACAGGAAAUACUCGCACUACUGUCUCCAGCCGGCGCCGCCGAGCCCGGCCUGUGCGCGGCUGAGGGACUACCAGCGGAGCCUGCUCCUGUCCGCCGUGCUCAGCACGCUGGAGUGUCUGCUGGGGCUCUUCCACCUGCUGCUCCUCCAGCGCUACAAGGCCAGCAGGCCGGGUCACAGGCACACGUCCGGACCCAUCAUCUUCGGCGAGGAGCGGGACGUCUCCUCAGCGGACUUUCAGCCGGUGUCUUACAUCAAUUUGGCGCUUUUUAACGUCUUGGACGAGACCGGCGCGGAGGUGUGCCGCGGCGGGCACCCGUCCAUCGAGCUGCCGGGUUACUCCCCCGCAGACCCGGACCUCGACCGCUGCUUCCCCUUCUCUUACCCGCUGCCCAGCGACCUGCCGCCGGCCUACGAGGACAUCUUCCCCGCUGAGGCGCGCGACACAUAGUGGAGCACAGGUGCUUAUGAUGAACACAUAAUGACAUUAAUAAUGCAGUAUAUAUUCAUAAGUGUGUGUUGGAUUAUGUAUUAUUCGCAUUUAUACUUGUCAAUAAAAAGUAUA